CCGGGCUGCAGGCAGCGGCGCAGCAGCACCUGGGCAUGGCGGAGGACGGGCCGAAGCAGCCGCAGCUCAGCAUGCCCCUGGUCCUGGACCACGACCUGACCAAGCAGAUGCGGCUGCGCGUGGAGAGCCUGAAGCAGCGCGGGGAGAAGCGCCAGGACGGGGAGAAGCUGCUGCGGCCGGCCGAGGCCGUGUACCGCCUGGACUUCGUCCAGCAGCAGAAGCUGCAGUUCGAGCGCUGGGACGUGGAGCUGGACAAGCCAGGCAAGGUCACCAUCACAGGCACCUCGCAGAACUGGACGCCCGACCUCACCAACCUCAUGACGCGCCAGCUGCUGGACCCCGCUGCCAUCUUCUGGCGCAAGGAGGACGCCGAGGCCAUGGAUUGGAACGAGGCCGAUGCCCUGGAGUUCGGGGAGCGCCUGUCCGACCUGGCCAAGAUCCGCAAGGUCAUGUACUUCCUCAUCACCUUCGGCGAGGGCCUGGAGCCUGCUAACCUCAAGGCGUCUGUGGUCUUUAACCAGCUCUGAUGGCAGGUGCUCGCUGCCGCCCCCUCCCCGUGCCCGCCCGCCUCGUCCCCUGCCCCAGCGCCCUGUUCCUCCAGGUGUGUGUGUGUGUGUGUGUGUGUGUGUGUGUGUGGACAUCCUUCAAGCUGCUGGCCUGUACUCAGCUUGCCCGGGACCCCCCGAGCCUCCAUCCUUCUUCUCCUCCUUUCCUCGGUGCUGGCGCUCCUGCUCACGGGAGGGAUGUGCAGAGGCCCUGUAGUCUAGAAGCUGCUUCUGCUGGAGACCGUGGAGCCCUGGUCGAAGCUCAUAUGGGAAGAUGAAGGAGCCAGGGGCAUCGGCCUUCUCUCUGCUUGUCCAGAGAUAGACUCAAAGAGACCAAGAGAGACAGACACAGAGAAAGAGACAUUCAAAGCACCAGCCAUUGGGUUUCCUCCGGAGACAGAGAUACGGACAACAGAGCAGCCUCCUGGGGAGUCCACAAAUAGGCAUUUACUGCCCUCCUGGCCACAGCGCCCUUUGCUGAAGUCUUGAGGUGAACAGUGAGCCUGAGAACCCAGGAAGGCUCUGCUCCCGGCCGGGCCUGGAGUGGCCCCAUGGUGCCCCAGGGGCCUCAGGACUUCAGGCAGCCACAGGGGUUGAAUCGGGCAGUGGGGAGUGGCUGGCAGGCUGGAGGCUGUGCUUGCCAACUCUUGCUCUGAGAAUGAUUUCAGGAGGAAGAAGUGACAGAGAGGAAGGAACAUGUAAACAGUUACAUAGAGAUGUAUCUCUCUAUACGUGUGCAUAUAUAUUGACAGAGAGCCCUGUGUUCAUGCGGCUGUUCUAGAGUCUGUACCUGCCCCGUGAGCAAGUCUGAUUUUAAAUGAUCUAUUAUGUAGCUGCCCGGCUGGUUCAUGGGUGACCCUAAGUAGGGGCUUGGUCAGGAUGGCCUUGGGGAGGAGGUCCUCCUGAGCUGAGAGCCUUUGAAGUUCAUACAGCGAAACAGGGAAGAGCAUAGUGAAGGGGUUUCCCUCUGCCUGGGGAAAGCUGGGUAGAGGGAUCCAGAGCCCUGGAGCUGGAGACAGUAGAUUCCUUGGGGCCUCAGGUGUCCCUGCUGGGAUGUCAGGUUUUUCCAGCGCCUGAAGGCACAGGCCAGGUGAGUCUCUUUUGAUGGGAGGAGGAGGGCCCUGACCUGCCUGGCAUGAGCUUCAGGAAGUGCCCCCAACACCCCGUCUUUAGGCCAGCCCUGUUGCUUUUGUCAGGAAGAGGCCCAGGACAUUCUCCUCGCAAAGCAGAGCCAUUGAGGGCCGCAGGCUCCUGUGAACAGACAUGCUGAGAGACAGAGGGUGGGGGCUAUCCCCAGGGGCUGGAGCUGCUGGGGGGGUGAGCCCCCACCCUGAAGGCAUGAGAACAGGAGUGGGCUGCUGGAGUCGAGAUUUUUUAGGUGGGGAUUGGCUGUGGUCCUUUCUGACUCUCAGCUCUGGGGCCUGUUUCUGGGAUGGGCUUGAGGUCCCAGUGUUGCCUGCCUACCUUCUCUGCUGACAAUGAGGGGAGCCCAGACCCCUGGAGUUGGACCGGCCCUUCGCCUCUCUACUAGACCUCUCCCUGUGGCUCUGGGGACCCUCUUGGUGCAGACUGCCUGUAUCUCCACCCUGCGCCACCACAUCUACCCCAUGCAUUGCGUCUUCCCAAUAAAACCUCUGUGCCCCCGC